AUGAAACUAAGAUACGCAAAAGCUAAGUCUAAUCCUGGCUAUUCACGUCUCAAGAGAAACGCUAAAGUUAUUGGUACUUGGGAUGAUCAUGAUUACGGAUUGAAUGAUGCUGGUGAUAUCAAAUCUCUCGGCUACCACUGGUCCACUCUUUUAUAUGGAAUCAUGGGGCCGUUUUCCAAAGGAAAGGAAACGUCUUUUCAAACUGAUAUCAGAUACAAAGAGAAAUGGAGAGAUGUUCAUUUUGGUGAAAUCACGAGAUACGAUUGUGCCGUUGGGUACCCAUUAUAUGAUGUCACCUCUAGUGGUCUAGUACAAUCUGUUGAGAAAGUUUUCCUUCGUCCUUUGCGUUUCAUCGUUAGGCUUCCUUUUUGGUAUACUCCAAGCACAAUGAGAGUUAUCAAUGAAAACUGCACAUUCAAAUCAUGCACGUACGGACAAUCGAAUUUCGGAGCAAUAUCGAUAGAUUGGAAUGCAAAUCCGGCUACCAUAAGGAUUGAAAUCAGAGAUGUUCAAGGAGUGACAGUACUAGGCUCAAAUGUUUCACUAUCCGAUCUCCAAGCACGAGGCUCAAAUUCCCCGACAAAUCCAACCACAAAGGGAAAGUCCCAAAGAUAUUGCACCCUUGAAGUGGAAUUACCAGGAACAACCAGAUACAGAUUAGCAGGUCUUAUCUACUUCUCCGUUGCUGGUAUGUUAUUCUUCGUCACUGCUAAUGUUAAUACCGAUCAAAGAAUGUUGCGAGGAUAUUUCUAG